ACCAAGGUCGAGCAGUGUUGCUGGCGCUGUACAUUUUGGAUAACGUUACCUCAGACAUGGCGGGACACCGCAUGUUAGAAACGUGGUUCACUUGCUAAAUGCAGUGAUAACAAGGAUGUUAUAGCGGUGUCAAUGAGUUGUCGUCUGGGUUCUACAGAGGAAUAUUUUUUUAGACUUUGCGUUACAGGAACUAGCUAGAUUAAUUAACGUCACCGGUAAAACAUGAGUUCCGCUCCUAAUCACGGUACAGGCAACGUCACGGAGACGGGGUCCCCCAAGCCCGUUUCUGCUGUCUUCAGACACGUGAAGGUAGAAAACCUGGUCGCCGGGCUCAGUGGAGGAGUGGUGUCCACUCUGGUGCUUCACCCUCUGGAUCUGGUCAAAAUCAGGUUUGCAGUAAGCGAUGGAUUGCAAUUAAGACCCAAGUACAGUGGCAUGUUGCACUGUAUGAAGAGUGUCUGGCAGCAGGAGGGACUCCGAGGACUCUACCAAGGAGUGACACCCAAUAUUUGGGGCGCCGGAGCAUCUUGGGGUCUCUACUUCUUUUUCUACAAUGCAAUCAAAGGGUACACUAAGGAGGGCCGUCAAACUGAACUGAGUGCCACAGAGCACCUGGUGUCCGCGGCCGAAGCAGGCAUCCUGACGCUCACCCUAACCAACCCCAUCUGGGUGACCAAGACCCGGCUGGUCCUCCAGUAUGACGCCGACCCGACCGGUAAACAGUACAAGGGGAUGAUUGAUGCCCUGGUCAAGAUCUACCGCCACGAGGGAGUGCCGGGACUGUACAAGGGUUAUGUUCCCGGUCUGUUCGGCACGUCUCACGGAGCGCUGCAGUUCAUGGCCUACGAAGAGCUCAAGAGAGACUACAACAAAUACAAGAAAGUGCCUUCAGAUGCGAAGCUGAGCUCAUUGGAAUACAUCACAAUGGCAGCGGUAUCCAAAAUAUUUGCCGUGGUCACAACGUACCCGUAUCAGGUGGUGCGAGCUCGUCUGCAAGACCAGCACAAUAGAUACAAUGGAGUUAUUGAUGUCAUCAGACGGACAUGGAGGAACGAAGGCGCCGCCGGUUUCUACAAAGGGAUCAUCCCCAAUGUGAUCCGGGUGACUCCCGCCUGCUGCAUCACGUUUGUAGUUUAUGAGAAUGUGUCUCACUACCUCCUGGGACAAAAUCAGUGAGGCCUAAAAGCGCAGCGCGGACAGCUUGCGAAGACUCUGAGCUCACACUGACGCUUUGGUGGCAUUCAGAGAAACUCUCGGUGCAGUGUACAUGUAAAGGUGCAGAUGCGAGAAGCAUUUGUUUGCACUGGGAACAACUGGACAAUAGUUGCCAAAACUGAGCAACUAAACGCCAAAGGACGUGCAGCCUUUUGUCAUAAUUAUGUUUACAUUUGAUGUUUUCUGGCAGCAGAAAGGGGAACACACUUAUGAAAAGCUGAUUAUUAACAGCAAAAUUGUAGAUCUCAGGGUUCCAGUUGCACGUGUGUGUCGUAUGAGUUUCUCUUUAAAAUUAUUGCUUUAUGUGAACAUACAACAGCAAUUUGGGAUUAUUUUUGUUUAUCCCCAUAAUUCCUUUAUUACCUGGCUACAAAUUGUAACUGCUUUUGUUAUAAACCCCAAACUGCUUUGUCUGCAUUGUUGUGUUGGAUUUAUACAUUGAAUGUAUAACUUUGUGGCUACACUGAAUUUAGCGCAGUGUAUUUCAAAGCUCCUAAACAUCACAAGUAGUUAGAAAGUUAGAGUUAAAUUCUUAAUAGAAAAAAAAAAAAAGACUUUAUUAACAGUAAUAACAAAUAUAAACAUGGCACAUGAGUACAUAGUUUAAAUAUUGUCAAUGUCUUGUCACAAUGUCUGUUAAAUGGUUACUGUGCACCAGCAGCAGCACCCAUAAGCAGAAGAGGUACAGUACAAAGGUUAUUCCUGGUAGACAGAAUGACACAGUAUUCUUGUUUAUAGGCCUGUCAACUAGUAUUUAAAAAGAAAACAUUCAAGUUCCCAUCAGUGAUGCUGUGACGCCUCAGCAAACCGUACCUGAUCGUUUUGGAGGGCCAAAUAACAUACUGCCACACUACCAGGACCGGCCCCUCCCUUACAUGUAACUUAUUUUUAUUUUAUUUUGGCAGUUCCUCAAUGAUAACCCUGGAUACUGAAUUCCACCCUGUAGAAGCGUCACCUCUGGGAUAGUCGGCACAGGUCCCGACCCACACGGCCACGUCCACCAACCCUGCUUUCACUCCCUCACACAGCCCUUCAACUGCAGAGAGGGGGAGGGGGGGAAAUAAGACAGUACAAAUUAAUUUCAGGGAACAACCCAAACUUAUUUUCUGACACAGUGAUGAACUUGCCAAAUUGGAAGAGUGUAACUUUAAUGAAAAGACUUGUUUCCCAGCAUCCACAGCAGUUAAAUGAGCACUUACAGGAAUAGCUCAACAUUUUUUGGGAAAUGUGCUAAGUGAGCCUUCUGCCGGUUAGCUUAGCACAAAGAGGUGACAGUUAGCUUAGCUCCAAAAUAAUACAAAUUUAAUAUUUUUCAUAGUCUCUAGCCUUGUCCGUGGUCAAAGGUAACGAAAGCUUGGAGCAGUAACUUCCUGAAGGCGCCUGGUGAAGUUAAGUGCUGCUGGCUAAGAAAUAGUGCAGCACAUAACCGCCUGUAAACCGCAACUUAACAUUUUUACAAUCAAGUUUUUUAAACAACUAAACAAACUAGAUAUAACUUGUUACAUUCUGUUGGGCGGAUUUUGUCACAUUUGGAUGGAGCCACGCUAUCUGUUUCCCCCUGUAUGCUAAGCUAACUGGCUGUAGCUAAAGCUCAUCCAGCUAACGUCUCACUCUUGUAUUUCCCAAAUGUUGAACUGUUGCUUUAAGCUGAAGCAUUGUAUAGCAGUGGAAAACACUGUUGUUGGUUUAGGUUCAUUGCACAAUGACUUGAGUCGUACCCGAGGACGUUCUGUGGAUGUUGAUGGUUGAGUUGAGCUCAGGACUUCCUUGGUCUAAGUAGAUGAUGGACUCUAUGGGGAGGGGUCCGGCGCACUCCGCCCCAUUGAAGGUGAAGUACCACCUCUGGCAGCAUGCGUUCUUACACUUGAGUCUGAGGGAGCCACUGAAGAGGACCCUGAGGGUGCUGUCCGUACGCAGCUUGGUGAACGUACAGUCCUGCAACGCAGCACAGGGGAGUUAAAGCUCUUUGAUGCAUUGUGGUGGUUGUAUAAGAUUUCUGUGAAAUUAUUGGAACCCACGUUCCCCAGAAACGUGUCAGUCGCGGUGCCAUCAUACUUACAGCCACUUUACCCAGGUCGAUGCCAUAAUUCAGAGAGUUCCAGGCACACUGCUUGUAGUUGGGCCUCCAGGCCUCCUCGAAGAUCUCGUUGAUGCACUCGCCUUUCUCACCUUUGUUCCCGUCCCGGCCAGGGAUGCCCGGCGUCCCCGGGAUGCCAUUGGUUCCGGGGUUGCCCUCUCUGCCGGCAGUGCCUGCUGGCCCCUGUAUGCAACUGCCAUACUGUUAAAAAAAAAAAAAUGGGAAAGAGGAAGUGGUGAUGAAGGCAUGCAACAACAUCAGUAGGCUAUUGUUAUCUAGAUUCCUGUUUCAGAUUUGAUUUUUUUCCUCCCUGUGGGGGGGGGGGGUGGGUCCCUGUUUUGGCCUGCAUGCACCUUAACGCUGCCAUUCAUCCAACCAUCACACACAAGAAGUCAGAUUCCAUGAGGAACUGAAGGCCCGGUGACAGCCUGAAUUAGUAUGUGUUCGGCCACACAUCUAACGCUGUGAUUCAUUGUCCAGCCGAGUCUCCUGCUAUGUUUAAACUGAUACUGCAUCUUACUCGAGCUGACUCACACACACACACACACACACACACA